GAGCGAGUGGCUUACUCCCCUCACAUCCCUUAAAGUACUGGAGAUCAUGGGCCGCGCUGGAGGAUUGGGAGACGAGGAGGAUCUUGUGCUUCCGCUCCCUCCCUCCCUGCUCCAUCCCUCUAUCUGGAAUAUGGGGAAAGUGGAAAGAUUGUCCAGCAGUCUCCCUCCCUCUCUCCGAUUCUUAUGGAUCUCCGAUUGCCCGAAGCUGAGGGAGUUGCCCCAAUAUGGCCUCCCUCCCUCCCUCGAAGACCUCCGGAUCAUCAAUUGCCCCAUUCUACAGGAGCGAUGCAAGAAAGGGACCGGCUGCUAUUGGCACCUCAUCCGCGAAAUCCCAGAAGUUAAGAUAUGGAGAGCCUUCCCUCUCGUCGACAAGGACAGGGUACGAAGAAGGAUUACGUGAGUUCGUGGAAGCACAAUCUGUGUACGUUCCGUUUAUGGCCUGAUUGGACGGAGAUGGACUCGUCGGCCCUCCUGUUCAACCAGCUCAAGGCAGCGGAACUGUUCUUUCUGUUAGCUGGACUGAAUGUGAUUGAAUCGGAGGAGCAUGUUUUGCACAUGGUGAAGCACAUAAAAAGCGUUGCUGCAAAGUAUGUUCUUGGGCCGAAAUGGGGACUUAAGAGAGAACGAUUUAGUUUUCAUCAUUUGACUUCACCUGACUGA